UUUGUUGCAGGUCCCCAUGAAGCGGCUGUCAUGCGUAUAGCGACACUGAUUGCACUCGUGCAGCUGUCGCUCGCUACAGCUGUUUCAGAUGAGUUCAACACACUAACAGCCGCUGAGCUGAACCUCCAGCUGACCGGCGACAAUGGCCUCUCUCCCUUCUACGAGAGUGCUGAAGAGGGGGUCACCUUCGUCAGGGGUUCCAGAGCUGCCGACUCUCCCCUGUCACCCGACAUAGACGUUCAGUGUGACAGUAACUUUAUUCAGGUUACUGUUGAAUUCUCUGAUGUCUACGAUGGCAUUAUUUACAGUAAAGGAUACCUGAAUGACCCUAAGUGCAAAUACGUGUCCCUAGGAGGCAGCCAGUCUCGGUACUCUUUCCGAGUGCCUCUGGACGGUUGCGGGUCGCGUCCUCUGUGCAACGCUUGCGGCACCAUCGACAACGUGCUUGUCUUCCAGGCCGAUGACUUCAUCCAGGGCUCCGCUGACUUUGCCAGAAAGGUGUCAUGUGCCAGAACAUCCCUGGAAGUUUCGGCCGGAGCAGGCGCCAGCAGCGGCGGUGGUCUGGUCAUCAAACAAGAAGAGCACACGCUCAAACUCAAGCCGUUCAUGGUUGAUAUGCUUGAUGUUGUCGCAGUACAAGGCCCAGCUGGAGGUGUCGAGUGCUGGAUGGAUAUCCAAAAGGGAAUUUUCCCUAAUACGAGUCCACUCCAACAGUCCAUCAAGAUUGGCGAGUACCUGACGAUCUUGGUAUACCUAAAGGAUGUCAGGAAUCAGUACAACCUCAAAAUACACGACUGUUGGGCAUACGAUAGCGACAACUAUGACAGCCCUAAGACUAACAAAAUCCAGCUUACUGACAAGCAAGGAUGCCCCAAGAAAAAGAAGCUCAUUGACUUGUGGCAGAAGACGACCAAUACCGGCCGUAGUGGCGCGACACUGAUUGCUUACAGUAAAGUGAGCGCUUUCAGAUUCCCCGAGACUGAUCAAGUGUACCUGACUUGUAAUGUUGAGCUUUGCACGAGCAGCUGCGACGCCAGCUGUGGUGGAACGAUCACUGAAGUCUCAACGACGAUAAGACCACAGCAAUGCUACCCGGGCUCCAGAGACCCCCAAUGCCAAGUCACAGCUCCGCCUCAAAUCAAGUGUUACCCCGGUUCUCCGGACCCUAGGUGCCCUCAGCCAUCAACGCCAUCGGAGCCUAGAUGUUACCCCGGAAGUAACGAUCCACGGUGUCCAAGACCAACGCCGCCAUCUUGUUAUCCCGGCAGCACGGACCCUCGUUGUCCACGACCAUCGACGACUGCUCCGCCAACGUACCUACCACCGUCGACAACUGUUGGGCCCAGGUGCUAUCCCGGAAGCAAUGAUCCCAGAUGCCCCAAGUUUACUACGCCCGAUCGACCAAGAUGUUUCCCAGGCAACCUUGACCCCAGGUGUCCAAAACCGACUACGCCAGCACCUCCUAACUGCUUCCCUGGUAGUACUGACCCUAGGUGCCCUAAACCUACAACACCUGAGCCUCCCAGAUGCUUCCCAGGCAGUGAAGACCCGCGGUGCCCGAAACCUACCACCGUCGCCCCUCCUAACUGCUUUCCUGGAAGUACCGAUCCUCGUUGUCCAAAACCAACAUCACCAGCUUCCCCCAGAUGCUAUCCAGGUAGUACUGAUCCUAGAUGUCCAAAACCGUCAACACCUGCACCUCCUAACUGCUUCCCUGGAUCUACCGAUCCCCGUUGCCCGAAGGCAACAACGCCUGCUCCACCUAGGUGUUUCCCAGGUAGUUCGGACCCCCGUUGUCCUCAACCCACAACACCAUCGAAGCCUGUCUGUUACCCGGGUUCACCAGAUCCAAGUUGUCCCCAGCCAACUCGCCCUUCGACUGUGUCCCCACCAACUUACUUACCCCCAUCAACUCUUGAACCUAAAUGCUAUCCCGGUUCGACAGACUCUAGAUGCCCUCGACCGACAACUCCUGAACCUCCUAGAUGUUAUCCUGGAAGUACAGAUCCUAGAUGCCCACAACCAACUACUCCUGCCCCUCCAAACUGCUUCCCAGGCAGCAACGACCCGCGUUGUCCCAAACCCACUACGCCUGCUCCACCGAGAUGCUUCCCUGGGAGCGACGACCCGCGUUGUCCCAAACCCACUACGCCUGCUCCGCCUAAAUGCUACCCUGGCAGCGACGACCCUCGUUGUCCCAAACCAACAACACCUGCUCCGCCUAGAUGCUUCCCUGGCAGCGACGACCCGCGUUGUCCGAAACCAACGACACCUGCUCCACCUAGGUGCUUCCCUGGCAGCGACGACCCUCGUUGUCCCAAACCAACAACAUCUGCUCCACCUAGGUGCUUCCCUGGCAGCGACGACCCGCGUUGUCCCAAACCCACUACGCCUGCUCCGCCUAGAUGCUUCCCUGGCAGCGACGACCCGCGUUGUCCCAAACCAACAACACCUGCUCCACCUAGGUGCUUCCCUGGCAGCGACGACCCGCGUUGUCCCAAACCAACAACACCUGCUCCACCUAGGUGCUUCCCUGGCAGCGACGACCCGCGUUGUCCCAAACCCACUACGCCUGCUCCGCCUAGAUGCUUCCCUGGCAGCGACGAUCCGCGUUGUCCCAAACCAACAACGCCUGCUCUGCCUAGAUGCUUCCCUGGCAGCGACGACCCGCGUUGUCCCAAACCAACAACACCUGCUCCGUCUAGGUGCUACCCUGGCAGCGACGACCCUCGUUGUCCCAAACCAACAACACCUGCUCCGCCUAGGUGCUACCCUGGCAGCGACGACCCUCGUUGUCCCAAACCAACAACACCUGCUCCGCCUAGGUGCUUCCCUGGCAGUGACGACCCCCGUUGUCCCAAACCAACAACACCUGCUCCGCCUAGGUGCUACCCUGGCAGUGACGACCCCCGUUGUCCCAAACCAACAACACCUGCUCCGCCUAGGUGCUUCCCUGGCAGUGACGACCCCCGUUGUCCCAAACCAACAACACCUGCUCCGCCUAGGUGCUUCCCUGGCAGUGACGACCCCCGUUGUCCCAAACCAACAACACCUGCUCCGCCUAGGUGCUUCCCUGGCAGUGACGACCCCCGUUGUCCCAAACCAACAACACCUGCUCCGCCUAGGUGCUACCCAGGCAGCGAUGACCCGCGUUGUCCCAAACCAACCACACCCGCACCACCUAACUGCUACCCUGGCAGCAAAGAUCCACGUUGCCCAAAACCGACCACACCUGCUCCUCCAAGAUGUUACCCAGGUAGUAGCGAUCCUCGUUGUCCUAAACCUACAACACCUUCGAAGCCAGUUUGCUAUCCUGGGUCACCUGACCCGAGAUGUCCGCAGCCAACCCGUCCAAGUACUUUGACCCCGCCUACCUAUUUGCCACCGUCGACUCCAGAAUCUAAAUGUUUCCCUGGUUCCGAUGAUCCACGAUGCCCAAAACCAACAACGCCUGAACCACCAAAAUGUUUCCCAGGAAGCAAUGACCCUAGAUGUCCUAAGCCUACUACACCGGCCCCGCCCAAUUGUUACCCAGGCAGUACCGAUCCUCGUUGCCCAAAGCCUACGACACCAGCUCCCCCCAGAUGCUACCCUGGAAGCACUGAUCCAAGAUGUCCAAAGCCCACCACUCCUGAACCACCAAAAUUACCGAUCCUCGUUGCCCAAAGCCUACGACACCAGCUCCCCCCCAGAUGCUAUCCUGGAAGCACUGAUCCAAGAUGUCCAAAGCCCACCACUCCUGAACCACCAAAAUGUUUCCCAGGAAGCAAUGACCCUAGAUGUCCUAAGCCUACUACACCGGCCCCGCCCAAUUGUUACCCAGGCAGUACCGAUCGUCGUUGCCCAAAGCCUACGACACCAGCUCCCCCCAGAUGCUACCCAGGAAGCUCCGAUCCUCGUUGUCCACAGCCUACAACACCUGCGAAACCGGUGUGCUACCCUGGAUCACCUGAUCCCAGAUGUCCACAACCAUCUCGUCCAACAACAUUAACUCCACCCACAUACCUACCGCCAUCCACAGUUGGACCUAAAUGCUUCCCAGGAUCAACUGAUUCUCGUUGUCCUCAGCCCACGACUCCAGCACAACCUAACUGCUAUCCGGGAUCAAAGGAUCCUCGUUGCCCGCAACCAACUUCACCUGCUCCUCCCAACUGCUUCCCCGGUUCUACCGAUCCACGUUGCCCCAAACCGACAACACCUGCACCUCCUAAUUGUUUCCCAGGAUCUAGCGAUCCACGUUGUCCAAAACCGACCACGCCGGCUCCGCCUAGAUGCGACCCUGGAAACAAUGACCCGCGUUGCCCAAAACCAACUACUCCCGCUCCACCUAAAUGUUACCCGGGCAGUACUGACCUGCGUUGUCCAAAGCCCAGUACUCCGGCUCCCCCAAAUUGUUUCCCAGGAUCCUCAGAUCCACGCUGUCCGAAACCAACUACACCCGCCCCACCUAGAUGUUAUCCUGGUAGUACAGACCCACGCUGUCCAAAACCAACCACUCCCGCGCCACCUAACUGCUUCCCAGGAUCUAGCGAUCCACGUUGCCCGAAACCCACAACACCCGCGCCUCCUAGAUGUUAUCCUGGAAAUACUGACCCGAGAUGCCCACAACCUACAACUCCAGCACCGCCACGAUGCUACCCUGGUAGCACAGAUCCUCGUUGUCCUCAGCCUACAACACCUGCCAAGCCAGUGUGCUAUCCUGGAUCACCGGAUCCAAGAUGUCCACAACCAUCUCGCCCAACAACCUUAACCCCACCCACGUAUCUGCCACCAGAAGGACCUAAAUGCUUCCCUGGAUCAACUGAUUCACGUUGUCCUCAACCAACGACUCCAGCUCAGCCGAACUGCUAUCCAGGGUCUAAGGAUCCACGUUGUCCGCAGCCAACAACACCAGCGCCACCAAACUGCUUCCCUGGUUCUUCUGACCCUCGCUGUCCUAAACCUACAACGCCUGCUCCACCAAGAUGUUAUCCUGGCAGUACUGACCCAAGGUGCCCAAAACCCACCACACCAGCCCCACCUAGAUGCUACCCAGGCAGCACCGACUCGCGAUGUCCUCAACCAUCCACCCCCGAACCUCCUAGGUGCUUCCCUGGGUCUACUGACCAACGUUGUCCCAAGCCAACAACACCAGCUGCGCCUAGAUGUUACCCUGGAAGCAACGAUCCUCGGUGUCCAAAACCAACUACUCCCGCCCCGCCAAACUGCUUCCCUGGAUCUAUUGACCCACGUUGUCCUAAACCGACAACACCAGCUCCGCCUAAAUGCUUCCCAGGAUCAAACGAUCCACGUUGUCCAAAACCCACUACACCAGAAGUGCCAAAAUGUUUCCUUGGCAGUACUGAUGCUAGAUGCCCCAGGCCCACAACACCUGCCCCUCCUAAUUGCUUCCCAGGCAGCACCGACCCUCGCUGUCCAAAACCUACAACUCCAGCACCUCCAAGAUGUUACCCCGGUAGCACGGAUCCUCGUUGUCCUCAGCCCACAACACCUGCCCCUCCUAAUUGCUUCCCAGGCAGCACCGACCCUCGCUGUCCAAAACCUACAACUCCAGCACCUCCUAGAUGCUACCCCGGUAGCACGGAUCCUCGUUGUCCUCAGCCCACUACACCUGGCAAGCCAGUGUGCUACCCUGGAUCACCAGAUCCCCGAUGUCCACAACCGUCUCGCCCAACAACACUAACCCCACCUACAUACCUACCGCCAUCCACAGAAGGACCUAAAUGCUUCCCUGGUUCUAGUGACUCUCGUUGCCCUCAGCCGACGACGCCUGCUCCGCCUAAGUGUUAUCCAGGCAGUUCUGACCCUCGUUGUCCUAAACCGACUACACCUGCUCCACCGAACUGCUUCCCAGGAUCUACGGAUCCACGUUGCCCCAAACCAACUACACCUUCACCUCCUAGAUGUUAUCCCGGCAGCACCGACCCGCGUUGUCCUAAACCGACCACUCCCGCUCCACCUAGGUGUUUCCCUGGCAGCGAAGAUCCGCGUUGCCCUAAGCCCACAACGCCUGCUCCGCCUAGAUGCUUCCCUGGCAGCGACGACCCGCGUUGUCCCAAACCGACUACUCCUGCUCCACCUAGGUGCUUCCCAGGCAGCGACGACCCGCGUUGUCCAAAACCAACAACACCUGCUCCGCCUAGGUGUUUCCCUGGUAGCAAUGACCCUCGUUGCCCAAAACCAACAACACCGGCUCCUCCAAGAUGCUAUCCCGGUAGCACAGACCCACGCUGCCCGAAGCCUACGACACCUGCACCUCCAAGAUGCUACCCCGGUAACACGGAUCCUCGUUGUCCUCAGCCCACUACACCUGCCAAGCCAGUGUGCUACCCUGGAUCACCAGAUCCCAGAUGUCCACAACCGACUCGCCCAACAACACUAACUCCACCUACUUAUCUGCCACCUGAAGGACCCAAAUGCUUCCCAGGAUCAGUUGACUCUCGUUGUCCACAACCAACGACGCCAGCUCAGCCUAACUGUUAUCCUGGAUCAAAGGACCCUCGUUGUCCGCAGCCAACACCUGCGCCACCAAAAUGCUACCCGGGAUCCACUGAUCCUCGUUGCCCUAAGCCUACUACACCUGCUCCGCCGAGAUGUUAUCCAGGAAGCACUGAUCCCAGAUGCCCAAAACCCACAACACCAGCACCUCCAAAUUGCUUCCCGGGAUCGACUGAUGCUCGCUGUCCUAAGCCAUCUACCCCUGCCCAACCAAGAUGUUACCCAGGCAGCACGGACCCUAGAUGUCCAAAACCCACUACACCUGCACCUCCUAGAUGUUAUCCCGGCAGCACCGACCCGCGUUGUCCUAAGCCUACAACGCCUGCUCCGCCUAGAUGCUUCCCUGGCAGCGACGACCCGCGUUGUCCCAAACCCACUACGCCUGCUCCACCAAGGUGCUUCCCAGGCAGCGACGACCCGCGUUGUCCCAAACCAACUACUCCUGCUCCGCCUAGAUGCUUCCCUGGCAGCGAUGAUCCUCGUUGCCCAAAACCAACAACACCUGCUCCACCAAACUGCUUCCCAGGAUCUACGGACUCACGUUGCCCAAAACCAACUACACCUGCACCUCCUAGAUGUUAUCCCGGCAGCACAGACCCGCGCUGUCCUAAACCAACAACUCCUCCUCCGCCUAGAUGCUUCCCUGGCAGCGACGACCCGCGUUGUCCCAAACCAACAACACCUGCUCCACCUAGGUGCUUCCCAGGCAGCGAUGAUCCUCGUUGCCCAAAACCAACAACACCUGCUCCACCAAACUGCUUCCCAGGAUCUACUGACUCACGUUGCCCAAAACCAACUACACCUGCACCUCCUAGAUGUUAUCCCGGCAGCACAGACCCGCGCUGUCCUAAACCAACAACUCCUGCUCCUCCCAACUGCUUCCCCGGAUCAACUGAUCCACGUUGUCCGAAACCCACAACCCCUGUACCUCCCAGAUGUUAUCCGGGCAGCACAGACCCACGUUGUCCCAAACCGACAACGCCCGCUCAACCAGUGUGCUAUCCUGGAUCACCAGAUCCCCGAUGUCCACAACCGUCUCGUCCAACUACACUAACUCCACCUACUUAUCUGCCACCUGAGGGACCCAAAUGCUUCCCAGGUUCCACUGACUCUCGUUGUCCUCAACCAUCGACACCAGCUCAGCCUAACUGCUACCCAGGAUCAAAGGAUCCUCGUUGCCCGCAGCCCACAACACCUGCUUUGCCAAGGUGCUUCCCUGGCAGCAAUGAUCCUAGAUGUCCUAAACCCACGACACCUGAGCCACCAAAAUGCUUCCCAGGCAGCAGUGACCCAAGAUGCCCUAAACCCACGACACCUGAGCCUCCAAGGUGCUUCCCAGGUAGCAGUGAUCCUAGAUGUCCCAAGCCUACAACACCUGAGCCACCACGAUGCUUCCCAGGCAGCAGUGACCCUAGAUGUCCUAAACCUACGACACCUGAGCAACCAAAGUGCUUCCCAGGCAGCAGUGACUCUAGAUGUCCUAAACCCACGACACCUGAGCCACCAAAAUGCUUCCCAGGCAGCAGUGACCCUAGAUGUCCUAAACCCACGACACCUGAGCCACCAAAAUGCUUCCCAGGCAGCAGUGACCCUAGAUGUCCUAAACCUACGACACCUGAGCAACCAAAGUGCUUCCCAGGCAGCAGUGACCCUAGAUGUCCUAAACCCACGACACCUGAGCCACCAAAAUGCUUCCCAGGCAGCAGUGACCCCAGAUGUCCCAAGCCCACUACACCUGAGGCACCUAGAUGUUACCCAGGUAGCAGUGACCCCAGAUGUCCUAAACCUUCUACACCCAUACCGCCACGAUGCUUCCCUGGCAAUAAUGAUCCUCGUUGUCCUCAGCCCUCAUCUCCUAAACCUAUUUGUUACCCCGGUUCACCCGAUCCAAAAUGUCCACAACCAACUCGUCCAUCUACACUGACACCACCCACUUAUUUACCACCCACUACACCUGAGGCGCCUAGAUGUUAUCCAGGCAGCAGUGACCCCAGAUGUCCCAAGCCCACCACACCUGAGGCACCAAGAUGUUAUCCAGGCAGCAGUGACCCCAGAUGUCCCAAGCCCACUACUCCUGAACCGCCAAGGUGCUUCCCAGGCAGCAGUGACCCCAGAUGUCCCAAGCCCACCACACCUGAGGCACCAAGAUGUUACCCAGGCAGCAAUGACCCCAGAUGUCCCAAGCCCACCACACCUGAGGCACCAAGAUGUUAUCCAGGCAGCAGUGACCCCAGAUGUCCCAAGCCCACCACACCUGAGGCACCAAUAUGUUAUCCAGGCAGCAGUGACCCCAGAUGUCCCAAGCCCACUACUCCUGAACCGCCAAGGUGCUUCCCAGGCAGCAGUGACCCCAGAUGUCCCAAGUCCACCACACCUGAGGCACCUAGAUGUUAUCCAGGCAGCAGUGACCCAAGAUGUCCCAAGCCCACUACUCCUGAACCGCCAAGGUGCUUCCCGGGCAGCAAUGACCCUAGAUGUCCCAAGCCCACCACACCUGAGGCACCAAGAUGUUAUCCAGGCAGCAAUGACCCCAGAUGUCCCAAGCCCACCACACCUGAGGCACCUAGAUGUUAUCCAGGCAGCAGUGACCCCAGAUGUCCCAAGCCCACCACACCUGAGGCACCAAGAUGUUAUCCAGGCAGCAGUGACCCCAGAUGUCCCAAGCCCACCACACCUGAGGCACCUAGAUGUUACCCAGGCAGCAGUGACCCCAGAUGUCCCAAGCCCACCACACCUGAGGCACCAAGAUGUUAUCCAGGCAGCAGUGACCCCAGAUGUCCCAAGCCCACCACACCUGAGGCACCUAGAUGUUAUCCAGGCAGCAGUGACCCAAGAUGUCCCAAGCCCACUACUCCUGAACCGCCAAGGUGCUUCCCGGGCAGCAAUGACCCUAGAUGUCCCAAGCCCACCACACCUGAGGCACCAAGAUGUUACCCAGGCAGCAGUGACCCCAGAUGUCCCAAGCCCACCACACCUGAGGCACCUAGAUGUUACCCAGGCAGCAGUGACCCCAGAUGUCCCAAGCCCACCACACCUGAGGCACCUAGAUGUUACCCAGGCAGCAGUGAUCCCAGAUGUCCCCAGCCGUCACCAUCACCAACGCCAAGCUCCUGUUACCCGGGGUCCAAGGAUCCUAAAUGCCCACAGCCGUUCGCACCAAGCAGCACGAACCCUCCAGCGACAUACCUUCCACCAUUCCCAGCAGAAAAUGAUGUGAAAUCGUCUAAGAACAAUCGAAAUGAUUUCUAUGACGACUCCCUACCUGAAGUUGGUGAGUAAAUUUUAUUGUAUUCA